CUCUCUCUUCUGUAAGAUAAAGCCAGAAAGCAGAGCCUAGAAGAAGAAGAAGGCUCCGGGUUCUGUUCUUGGUUUUGUCUUUGUCUGAAAGAUAUUUUGGGUUUUGAAUUUGGCCGCCGGGAAAUGUCGAGCUCGUCGGAAAUGAGAACGGCGGAGAAGGCCCCGAGUUUUACUCAGACUUGUAGCAUGCUGUACCAGUACCUGAAAGAGAAGGGUCAGGUGGGAGAUCUGAACCUCGUCGACAUGCAGUUCCCUCAUGUCAAUAAUGGGAGUGGUGAGAUUUUCCGGCAGAGGGCUCAGCAGCAACAGCAGCCGAUGAAAUUUUUUCCGGUGAUGGAGAAACCGAGGAAUGUUCCGGCGGCUCCCAGAGGCUUCAAAUCCAGGGAUUUGUUUCCUCAGCAAGCUGGAUUUGGGUCUUCUCUCCCCAAGAUGAGUGAUUUCUUGGGUGAUUUUAGUACUGUGAAGAAGACUUUGCCCCAGAAGGCCCAGAUGACCAUCUUCUAUGGUGGGCAAGUCGUUGUGUUUGACGAUUUUCCAGCUGAGAAGGCCAAGGAGGUGAUGCUGUUGGCUAGCAAGGAAAGCUCCAAGAGCCACCAGAUGGCUCAGGUUUCUGCUCCGGUGAAGACCAACACCACAACUAUUUUUGGUACUCAAUUUGGGAAGGCUCCGAUCAAUUCUGGCACCGCCCCGGUGGUUCCUCCGAGCUCAAAUUCUUUCCCCAAUCAAUUUGGGAAGGCUCCGAUCAAUUCCGGCACCGCUGCGGUGGUUCCUCCGAGCUCAAAUUCUUUCCCCAAGUUCGGCAAUCAAGUGAUUCAGCAGCAGGAGGCCAUCAAGCCAACCCCCACUCGUCCCGUCAUUACUGAUAUACCAAUGCAAAGGAAAGCUUCACUGCAGCGCUUCCUGGCUAAGAGAAAGGAUAGGAUGAACAACCUGGCUCCCUACCAAAUGAGCAUCGCUGGUCUUUCCGCCCCUUCAAAGCCGGCAGCCGAUGGCAAGUCAUGGUUAGGCUUGGCAGCUCUCCCAACCCAGUAAUCUCAGCUCCAAUUAUAUGAUGCAUACCUAGGCUUCCUACAGAUUCCCAACCUCCCUUCAAUUUCUUCCUACAGAUUCCCAACCUCCCUUAUUCGAUUAGCUUUUCAAUUUUGGUGGCUUUAAAAAGCCUGGAAUUUCGUUUAGUUUGUUCUUUAAUUUCCCUGUUCAAGGCUUGCCGCAACUGCUCGAGCUUGCCAUAGAUCAUCUAACUGAUUGAUUAAAUCUCAGUUUCUGUAAUUAAGCAGCUCCAUAUCAAAGCAAGGAACUGUAUCAAUGAUAAAAAGUUUAUUAUUUCAGUUUCUUAGUGGGUGUAUCAUAAUAUCUCAUAUAUAUCUCUUCAG